UAAAUUAUUUGUUUUUUGAUAAAUUUCUGUGAUACCAAAAAUUUGAAAACAUGAGAGUAUUAGAGCUCUAUAGUGGAAUUGGUGGAAUGCAUUAUGCUUUACGUGAGAGUACAGUUCAAGGUAUUGUUGUGACAUCGAUAGAUAUAAAUACUACUGCUAAUAAUGUCUACAAGCAUAAUUUCUCAAAAACAAAAAAUAUCAGUUGUAAUAUCGAAUCUUUUAAUAUAAGUGAAAUUAUAAGAUUGAAUAUUGACUGUAUUCUUAUGAGCCCACCUUGUCAACCUUUUACAAGAGUUGGUUUAAAAAAAGAUACAGUUGAUAAAAGGUGUUCCUCAUUAUUAUAUGUACUAAAACUUAUUCCUCAAAUUAAAACUUUAAAAUACAUUCUUUUGGAAAAUGUGAAAGGAUUUGAAUAUUCUCAUGCAAGAAAUGAAGUUAUAUCCAGUUUAAAUAAGUCAGAAUUUAACUAUAGAGAAUUUAUACUUAGUCCAUGUCAAUUUGGCAUUCCAAAUUCAAGGCAUAGGUACUACUUGAUUGCAAAGAAAAAAGGAUUAAAAUUUAUUUUUAAUGAUUCUAGCUUAUUAACUUCUAUUUCAGAAGAAAUUUUAGAAUUUUUACCAGAGAAAAUAUAUAAAUUAUUACCAGUUGAAAAUAGAACAUUGAACUCCAGAAAUAAAAUACCAUGUUUUAAGAUUAAACAUAUUUUAGAAGAAGAUGUUGAUACACAGUACUUGAUUCCUAAAAAUAUUCUAUUAAAGCGAGGCAGUAUUUUAGAUGUAAGAACUCCAGAGUCAAAUGGAUCUUGUUGUUUUACAAAAGCUUAUAGUCAUUAUGUCGAAGGUACAGGUUCUGUAAUAUCUCUGUCUCCAAACUUUGAAAUUUUAAAAGAAUUUGGUAAAAAUGUAGAAAUAGUUGAAGAUAAGGCAAAAGCUUUAAUUGAUUUAAAAUUACGAUACUUUACACCUAAAGAAAUAUCUAGACUUAUGUGUUUUCCAGAAGAUUUUGAAUUUCCAAAUGAUUUAUCCAAUAAACAAAAAUAUAGAUUGUUAGGUAAUUCGAUAAAUGUUUUUGUGGUUAGUCAAUUAAUAUAUUUAUUAUAU